CAAUCAUUCAGUUUGAGCUCAGUGCUUGGAAAAAUGUUAUUCCUAUCGGUUCAUUUAACGGUGCUUCUGGCCGUUAUAAGCUUCAGUGCCGCUCGGACUAUUAAUUUGAGCAAAACGGAUUUGGAGAAUAUUUCCAAAGCUAUAAAGGUCGCCCUUCAGCCUGAAGCUAAUGAAAAACAUAAAUUGCUUGAACGAUUCCACGGAAAGCGCGAUCAUGUAGGAUUGACCGAAGAUCAUGAUCAUGAUGACGGGGACGAUGAUGGCGACUAUGAUAAUGAUGAUGAAAUAUCAAAUGAUAAUGGUAACGGUAAUGGUAAUGGCAAUGGUAACAACAAUGGACAGAAUGGAAACAACAAUGGUAACGUGUACUUGCAAAUAUUCGUUGGAAAUCAGGAUUCCACACAACCGCCAGUAACAACGUGGCCACCAUUUCCAACAGACAGCACACCGUGGCCAACAGAUAUUUGGCCUACAUGGCCAACAGAUUGGCCCACAGGAACCACUUGGCCAACAGAUUGGCCCACAGGAACCACAUGGCCAACAGAUUGGCCCACAGGAACCACAUGGCCAACAGAUUGGCCCACAGGAACCACAUGGCCAACAGGUUGGCCCACAGGAACCACAUGGCCAACAGAUUGGCCUACAGGAACCACAUGGUCAACCGAUUGGUCCACAGGAACAACGUGGCCUACUAGCGAAACGAGUUGGGCACCGACAACAUGGCCACCGAUCGACACAACAUAUCAAUCAGAGGCACCGCCAGAAGUAUCACGACCAUAGAUGAAAACCUAAUUUACUCUCCACUCAAGGCAACAUGUAUACAUCAGAACACCAAUCAUAUUAAUAGAAAAAAGUGGAGUGGUGAGUCACUACAAUAGUGUACCAUGUAAUUCCAAUGUUAUAUGAUUAUAGUGAAAACUACUCUAUUUGACAUAGGCAAUAAAAUCCAAAUUAUUUUC